AAGAGGAACCAAGCUUUUGCUUUUAUAGCGAAGUUCCUUAUUUUCCACAAUACAGCCAAAGACAUCUCCGUUGGAAGCUCGAGAAAAUCCACAAUGAACAACUACACUAUGAGCAAUGGAGGGCUGAGCAUGAGGGAUGGGCCGAUAUAUUUGUGUGACUUGUUUGACUUUUCAACCAUCACUGGUGUGUUUUUCAUUUUGGUCUUCAUCCUCAGUGUCAUAGUGAAUGUCCUCCUCCUGUUCGUCAUUUUUACUUACGAGACCCUGACAAAUGUCACAAAUCUCUUUGUCCUGAACUUGGCAUUCUCUGAUUUGGUCUUCACCUCCACACUUCCUUUCGUGGCCACCUAUUAUCUGCACCACUGGGUAUUUGGGGAUUUUCUGUGCAAAUUUGUAAUUGCUGCGUACUUUGUUGGUUUGUACAGUAGUGUCAUUCUGCUGACUGCCAUGACUGUGGAUCGUUUCAUUAUCGUGGUGCUUCACAAAUGGCCAAACAACUAUGUGAGAAGGCAGAGGUGUGCGGUCGUAGUAUGUGUAGCUGCAUGGUGCAUCAGCAUCGGCACGUCCUUUGUUGAGGCUAUCAAUGUGAAGGCAACAUAUCAGCAGGAUACAACAAUGACAUGUGAGUCUAUCUCUCAAGACGAUGGUUUCAAGCUGGGAGCCAUUCUCCAGCUGUCACUGCUUUUCCUCCUCCCAUUUGCCAUCAUUGUUUUCUGUUAUUGUGCCAUCCUCAAGACAGUUUUGCAGUGUUCAAACCGGAAAAAAUACAGGACAGUAGUGGUGGUAUUUUGUAUCGUUGCAGCGUUCUUCAUCUGCUGGGGCCCUUAUAAUGUUAUGGUUUUGUUUGACGGGUUUGAAACCUACGAAAAAUGUAAUGUACAGCAAAGCUUCCACAUUGCCUAUCAUAUUUGUCUGAUCCUUGCGUAUUCUCACUGCUGCAUGAAUCCUCUGCUUUACUUGCUCUCACAAAAGUUGCGGAAACAUCUGUUGCAUAUUUUACCCUGUCAAGUGUUGAGAAAUAAGGAGGAGGAGAGAGGGCCGACAACUGUUAUUCAGACUGCACCACAGAGUUCUGCUGUUAUACUGGAAAUGCAAGCCCAAUAGACAUCCACCAGUUUUGUGUCGAAAUGCCGCUGUAGAACGUAUAUUCUUUCGAUUUAACUGUAACACCUUGAACCUUGUAGUAUGUACGUACAAAAAAAAAACACAUUAUCAAUUAUAUCAUUAUACAUGUUAUUUAGAAACCACUUUGACUGUUUUUACUUCUUCUUUCUAACUAAAAGUUGUGAAGGAACAUGAGACAUAAUCACUAUGUUGCACAAGUUGUUUUUGCUGUGGUUGAAUUUCCCCAUAACAACUGUGAAACUGUAUAUUUAUUGAGGAAAAACAUUACUGUAAUGAGACUUGAUGGAUGUCAGAGGUCUUUUUU